GGUACGGACUGCCAGCAUCUCUUCCCCAAAUUUGGUUAUGCGACCAGCCAGUGCAUCACCCCACCCCGUCCCCUCAUCUACCAACACAGCGAGGAGGUACCUACUCGUACCCAGGUACAUUCCUACCAUAGGUACUUUUCACUGCUAGUGCUUCAGAAAGGUCCCCGUCCUCUGCUUUCACACAACACACACACACACUCUCUCUCUUUCUCUCUCGCUCUCUCUUCCCCCCUGGUAAACGGUGAACCGUCUGUCCUUCUCUCUCUCUCUUCCUCUCUUUCCCCCCCAGAGUAUCCAAUCAAUACUUGGGCCUUGACUCUGAGACAAAAAACACUCGAGGAAGACCUUUCUAUUCCACCUCAUCUCGUCUUAGCCAAGAAUUUCACAAAGCCAAGCCAAACAUCAAUCCAGGGACUCGCCAGGAAAGGGUUCUAUUAUUUCCUCCCUCCUACAGACUACAGUACCUCGUUUCUCCCUCUUUCCCACAACAAAUCCAGCCACUUUCGCUUCCACGAUCGGCCUGUCCAGAUUCAUCACCGAGAGUCCCCGCGAACAUCAUCACCCGUCGCCUGCCUGCGACGCCACCAACAAGACCACCCUGACCCGCGCUCUCGACAAGAUGGACCUCAAUCUCCAACUUGCCGCCCGUCAGGUCUGCGUCUGUCCUCUGUAAGGACACGCGAAGGGACAAUUCUUCAACACUGCCUCUUGUCCCACGGGAGGAAAACAAACCGAUCAAUCGCUUUUCAACACAACCCUGAACAACCUGAAUCAACCGCUUUUCCGACCUGCUCACACGACCUCUUACCUCUUUCUAACCCGCCCCCCAACCGACGAACUAUACGGCCCCACGAACCCAAAAAUAUACUCGACGAUCCUGAAUAGAGUCACGCGAGCUAGACUCCUCUCUUUACCCCGACCUUUACAAGUCGACUACAUGAAUCCAUCCAACAUGGCUGGCGCCAUUGUUUCAAAAAGAAGUACAAGACCCUUCCUCGAGGACGGAGGUGGUCACCCGGAAGAAGAUCCCACCUACCGCCCGGCAAGACGCAACUCCAAGCAAGAAGACGCCGUUCCCCUCGAGCUGGCAGAGAAGUACCAGGUCAAGGGCCCCUCACGUCAAGGCUCGCGCGAGUCUGUGUCUGCCCCCGAUACCACUUUGGACGUCUACGUACAGAAGCAAAUCAUCAUGGUGGAAGAUGAAAAGUCGAAGCCCGCUGCCCUUGGAGAAAAACCUGUAGUCUGGCACGAAGAUGCGCUCCUGAAAGCCGCUGAUCAGCUGAAGACACCGUUGGCUUCACCCAUAUCUCCAGGCAUCGAGCGAGUCCUGCCCAUUGACGGGAGACCUAUCAACUUCGGCGUCGUGGUCCCAGGAGUGUAUCGCAGCAGCUAUCCCAAGCCCGAGGAUUUCGGCUUCAUUCGGAAUCUUGGCCUCAAGUCUAUUGUCACCCUUGUCCAGAAGGAUGAUGUCGAUGAGCCAUAUACAGCCUUCAUGUCUGGGAAUGGUAUCCGCCAUCAUGUGUUCAACAUGAAGGGCACAAAGAAGGAGGCUAUCCCUAUCCGGACAAUGAAGGCUAUCCUGCGACUGGUCCUGAACCGCGAGCACCACCCUUUACUCAUCCAUUGCAACCAUGGCAAGCACCGCACUGGGUGUGUUGUCGGUGUCGUCCGCAAGGUGACGGGCUGGGAGCUCAACACCAUUGUUGAUGAGUAUCGGGCAUAUGCUGAACCCAAGGUCAGAGACUGCGAUAUUAAGUAUCUCACCGACUUUGACCUCUCGGACCUGUCCAACCUGUUUGUUCACGAUGCCAACAUGCGGUUUCGGGUCCGCCACUUCGUCCGGGUGACGCUGUUCAGUGUCUUUGUCAUCUUUGUCUGGAUGCUCUCUGGUCAUAGAAUGCAGACCACAGCCAGGCGGGUCAAAGAUGUGAGAUGACCAUGCCUGGUCGUCACAGCAUCUCCAGAACUUGCAUGGCGUUGAGCGGAUGUUUACUGAAGCCUGGACUUGGUGGAGAGCAUUGCAGCACCACAACCACAACCUAGGUUUUCUAGAAGAAAAAUGGGUCCUACUGCACAGCAACGCAUGACACCCUUCUUACACGUAGGGCCCCACAUGGGGGGGGACCUGACGAUGAAGAAAUAUUGAGAGGCAAAGAUGAACAGGAGAGGCUCUACAAAGCAUUGGCAACAGGAUGAACGACCAGACAAGAUGACCAGGUCGCAGUAUAUGACAAAGGAACGGAGAAAACUGGGGCACAAAAGGGGCCUGGUAUCUGGGACCGCCCAAAGUCGCAGCACUGACUAUUGGGAAGGGGACCGCUAUUGCAAUUUUUUCAUUUGUAUGGAUAGACAGAAGACGGGGACUCAUCAAGAGCUGAGGUGUCUCCUUAUGGCGUUUGACUCGAGAUUCGAGGGGUUACCGAGUGCACCAUUUUGUCACGUAUCGGUUUUUCUUGCUGCAUUGUACAACUAGUAUGGCGGAAUGGCUGUGGUGGCGAUGCCCAGAGUAAAAAGCACAUUUUUUGCAAGCAAACAAUGCC